GGGCAGCCGGGGCUCUGCGCUCUUGCCCCGGCGGCUGAGACCCAGCCGUCGCUCUCCCCGCGCCGUCAACCCUUGCCAAGCGCCAUGGCCCAGCCGCCGCCGGAUGUGGAGGAGGACGACUGCCUCCUCGAGUACCACCACCUCUUCUGCCCCGACCUGCUUCGGGACAAAGUGGCCUUCAUCACUGGCGGCGGCUCGGGGAUCGGAUUCCGGAUCGCUGAGGUUUUCAUGCGGCACGGCUGCCAUACAGUUAUCGCCAGCAGAAGCCUUCCAAGAGUUUCGAUGGCUGCCAGAAAGCUGGCCUCUGCCACUGGCCAGCAGUGCCUCCCUUUAUCUCUGGACGUCCGAGUUCCAGCAGCCAUCACAGCCGCUGUGGACCAGGCACUGAAGGAGUUUGGGAAAAUUGACAUCCUUGUUAACUGUGCGGCUGGAAACUUCCUGUGCCCUGCUAGCGUGUUGUCCUUCAAUGCCUUCAAGACUGUGAUGGACAUCGACGCCUUGGGCACCUUCAAUGUGUCUCGGGUGCUUUACGAGAAGUUCUUCUGGGACCACGGAGGGGUGAUUGUGAACAUCACCGCGACCCUGGGUACCCGGGGGCAGGUGCUCCAAGCGCACGCAGGCUCUGCCAAGGCGGCCGUGGAUGCGAUGACGAGGCACUUGGCUGUGGAGUGGGGUCCCCAGAACAUCCGUGUCAACAGCCUUGCUCCAGGCCCCAUCAGUGGCACAGAGGGGUUCCGGCGGCUAGGUGGCUCCCAGGCCAGCACAAGCAUGGAUGUCCUGGCCAGCCCCCUGCGGAGGCUAGGGAACAAGACGGAGGUCGCCCACAGCGCACUCUACCUGGCCAGCCCUUUGGCAUCCUACGUGACGGGCGCCGUGCUGGUGGUUGACGGUGGGGCAUGGCUGACGUUCCCCAAUGAUGUCAAGUUGCUGGAGGAUUUUGCAUCCUCUGCUAAGCUCUAGGUGAUGCGCCACUCCCACUUUCUGGGGUCACCUGUGUCCUUGGUCCCCUUCCCAAAACUGCACCCGGUGGGCGAGGGUCACUGUGCUAGGCUCUGAUGUGGUUCCCCUUUGUCCCUUGGGUGCAUUUUAGAUGUGUUCUCAGGCACUCUGACAGGUGCUGGACAGCUGAAGCAAAGGAGGCAUUCUGAAGGGGGGGCUGGUCCACAGCCCUUCUUGGAUUUAUGGAAUGCUUCUUCAGGGUUCCUGUGGGACCCGCCUACCCUCCAGCCAAGAGCACCAGACCUGAUGUUCCCAGCAGAAUUCCUGAAGCAGAGACUGGCCCUUCUUCAGGGCCCCUGCUAUGUCCAUGGUCCCUCCCUGGGGCCCUCUCUCCUGUGCUGAGGCAGGAAUAACCAGGCAGUGAGGCGGGCCUGCUGACCUGCCUCACCAGGGUGUCUGGGGUGGUCAGCAUUCCAGAACUCCCUUAAGAGUAGAGAUGUAGCCAAGCUGCUGGGGUGUCCCCUGACCUGGGGCAGGGCCUGUACUAUCACCUGCCCUGUGGCCUCUGGGCUGGCCUCCUUUCUCCUGCCUGUGUCUAAGAGGCGCCCCCAGAGGCUCCUGCCACCUGGGUGCAGAGAAGGGCAUUUCAGGCUCCUGCCUUCCCUUCUUUGCUCUUCCACUUUGGGACCUUUCCUCAGCAAAGAGAAGCCCCAGAGGGUUGGGAAGUUAUGAUCCCUCCUUUAUUCCUUCUAUGAUCACUCUUUGACCUCCAGGCCAGGAUCUAAGGGAGCCACUGGUCACUGGGGCUUGUUUCUGUGUUCCUGUGCAAGGCCCCCUCCCUGUCUGUACCAGCCAUUUACAUAAAAAUAGGUCCUGCAGUUUUGCCAGAAAAUGCAUUUCCUUAAAGAAUAUUCUUUUUACUAUAAAAAUGUCUAUUGAUUGGGUUUCACUUAAGUUUUUGGAAGGGAAGGUGAGACACUUGGAAAGACUCCCUGGUGAUCCAGUCAUUAGAGGUCAGGGUGCAUUUCCUUCCUGCCCUUUUUCUGUGAAGAACUUAGAAAAUGCUUCCCACCUAAUACUUGAAGCCCCGUUUUCAGGCAGGUGGAGCCCACCCAAGGUAAGAAGAGGUGGUCUGCUCCCUUGGUGGUGAGAUGGGGACCGUGGGUGUAGUCAGAGCAGGGUGAGGGCCUCUGGAAGAAGACCCCUACCAAAACUCUGUAUUAAACAAUUAAGCAAAGACAGAAUCACAUUAAUUCUCUAAAGUAAAAUAUCAAACUAGGAAUAUAAGCAUUUUUCAGUGAAGAUUAGUUAAAACUAAAAAGCCAGGAGUAACUUAGCCUGGAAUGUUUGAACAUCUCCCAGAUAAGACAGUACCUCAGUAUAGCCCAUGUCUUGUUUGUAUCAAUUAAAUGAGGCUAUUGUAAAGUUCACUUUAGCGUGCUAAAAAGCCCAGUUUAAUUUAACUUUACUGAGAUGCUGCUUUUCCUCCUCCAGCCCCUAAUCAAGGAAUAUAUAACCUGGGCAAUUAAUAUAACAGGCAGGCCAAGCUGUAAACAACAUAGUGAAGGGCAGGAAGGAUUCCAUCUUAAAGAUAAGAAGUUAAAAAGUAAGAUUCUUAAUUUACUAUUUAACAAGAAGACAAUAACUCAGCUCAUCCUGAAAGCAAGACAAGCAGCCUUGAUUGAUAUGCUUCCAAUCUAAAUAAACUGUUAUUCUAAGAAAGAAUCAAAGCAGUAAAUUUGUUAUGCUAACUCUGCAAAAUAGUCUGGAAACCUGAUAAGAAACCUAGUGUCUCCUUAAAAACAAACAUUAAGAGACCAUUUGGUGGGUCUGAAUCCCUAGCUCUUUGUCUCUCAACCGCCUAUAAACCCCCUAGAUAACGCACCACUACUGGCUCUCCUGUCCCCUCCAGGCUCAUGCCAGGAGCUCUGUCCUCUCACUGUAUCUCAAUUAAAGUCUUCCUGGCUCUCCUA